AUGGAAUGCAAUCAAUACGGAAACCCAGCUCAUUUACUUCCACCUUCAUGGAAAUCAAUCAUAACUGAAUGGUUAAGAGAAGAUACUCCUUCAUUCGAUUAUGGUGGAUUUGUUGUAGGAGAAACCGAUUCUGAUGCAAUCUUACUAGGAAAAUCUAAUGGUAUACUUGCAGGUGUACCAUUUGUAGAUGAAGUAUUUUCUCAACUUGGGUGUAGUGUGAUUUGGAAUUUAAAAGAAGGAGAAGAAGUGCUUGGAAAUAGAACAGAAGUGGCAAAAGUUCAUGGGAAAGCAAGAUUGUUAUUACUUGGUGAACGUGUUGCGUUGAACAUCUUAGCUAGAUGUAGUGGGAUUGCUACCAGAUCACGCAAUCUAGUCAAACUAGCUCGAAAAGCAUCAUACAAAGGUAUCAUAGCCGGAACACGAAAGACGACACCGGGUUUCAGAUUAAUAGAAAAGUAUGGAAUGUUAAUCGGAGGGAUCGAUCCACAUCGAUACGAUCUUUCAAGUAUGGUGAUGCUAAAAGACAAUCAUAUCUGGUCAAAAGGAUCUAUACCUAAUGCCAUCAAAUCAGCAAGAUCAGUUUGUGGUUUCAGUUUAAGAAUCGAUGUGGAAGUACGAAAUGAAGAAGAAGCGAUUGAAGCUAUUGAAUCAGGUGCAGAUGUAGUAAUGCUUGAUAACUUUAAACCUCAAGAAGUUAAAACUUCAUCACGGAAAUUAAAGGAAAAGUAUCAAAACCAUCAAUUCUUAAUCGAAGUUUCUGGAGGGAUUACUGAAGAAAAUAUAUCUGAACAUCUUUGUGAUGAUGUAGAUAUUUAUUCUACUUCAAGUGUUCAUCAAGGUACUCCUACGAUUGAUUUUUCACUCAAGAUCAUUCCGACUUCCAGCCAGUAA